AGUGCGCCGAUCGCACGCCCUUCUACUAACGCGAAUGUAUAAUUUUCAUACUUGUACAAAUUUUUGCAUAAAAACUGUGUGCCGAAACAAUACAUUAAUAUUUUUUCCAACUGUGCAACUAAUAAAUAAACAAAAUGUGUCUUAAAAAUAUAUCGGUCUAUAUUUAUUUGGCUGCGGUAACGGUUUGCGUUGUCGGCGACUGCGGGCCACGACUCAAGUACGCCUGGGGAGACGCACUUCAAGGUACCGAUUGUCCGGGACCAGAUGGAACGCCAUACCCUAGACACCUGGUGAACCGGGUGCUGAAGUCAUCAUGGGGUCAGACGCGACAGGGCAGGGCGGCCCGGACCCUUGACCCCGCUCUGAUGCGAAGGGCUCUGCUGGACGCGCACGCGGGGUAUUCCGAAGGUGUCGUCAAAGCGCCCAGCAAUAAUAGAACUGCACGCGCUUCAGCAAACCUCCCAGGGUUGACUCCGGGCAAUACCAAUUCAUGCGGCGGGACCCGGUUGUGUCGCACGCGCUACAACACCACGGCGCCUAUGUACGGGGUGUCGCUGACGUCGGGUCAGCCGGUCACCAUUGUGCAGAAGUUCCCUGACCUCCUGCAGCAGGUCGUGUUCGAAGUUUGCGAGUCAAGCGAGUGUUCUGUGGUACGCGGUUCGUGUACACAAACGUACGUGCCUUAUUUGUUCCUGGUCCUGCCAUUGGGUCCGGUGACACUGACGGGGCAAGACUACGUGCUAGUCGAGUCGGGCUGUGUUUGCAGACCAGACCCUAUCCCGUAGCUAUAAAGUUGUUGCUAAAAAAACUUAGCUUGCGAAAUCUUCUUUAGCAUAGCAAAUUUAAUGUAUUCGUAAUAUUAUGAAAUAUGAAGGCUACAAUUCAGGGCUCCAUAAGGCAAGGCUAAACCAAUGCGGGCGAAUUUGCGUCCUGAUUGCACGACCGAUCGCAAAGUUCUUGCUCAAACAGGCGCAAGUUGUAGUUGGUCGUAAUUUGCACGCCGCCGGACGCGAGUUGGACACCUUGGUUUGGCUUUAGCUUUACACUAGUACGCGUCAUAAUAUAUUUACGAGUGGUCUAUAACUAACUAAGAGCAAAAAUAAUAUACCUAUUAAAUUGGUACAUUUAAUUUUGAAGUAUUCAGUUAAUUAUAGUCCACAUUAUUAUAUUUUAUUGGUUCUAGCAAAUAGAAAUUGUAGCAUUUGUAAUGAACACGCUAAAACACGAGUUCGCAGGCUAACGCAAUUAAUGAAAUAAAGGUAAAUAAUAAAUAAAUAAUAUGCUAUUACACAUGCACGACAUGAAUACUGUAAUAUCACGACAAGGUCUACUUUCUAAACGAAUGUGAAUUCAAGUUAUACUGAAUUUGUAAAGUCUGUUUAUCUGUUUAGCAUUUUUUAUUUGUUUUAGACAGUUUCUGGGUGUCCAAUAAGCCAUAUUUAAUGUUACAUUACUUCCAAAAAGCGAAACUCGGAAUUUUGCAUGGAAAUCACAGCCGAAACCGACGUCCAUGCUCUCGAUGGGUAUGAUCUUCUUCUUCUUCUGUUCCUGGGUCUUUUCCGCACUUGGUUGGUCUGGGACCGUCCGUUGUACGUAUGGCCACUGAUGCGGCUCCCAGCUGGAUCACUCCAGCCAGCCGAGCUCGCUUCAGAAGCUUAUGGGUAUGAUAACAUGGAUAUGAUAUCCAGAUUACAAAUUAUAGAACACAAAUUUUCUUAAAUAUAGUUCAACGGGU